AUGUGCAGCCUCCAAGCGCUGUGCUCUGGCCUGCCCCUGCGACCCCUCCCGGAGAACCGGGGCCGGCGGGCCGGGGUGCCCCACGCCCCAGUCAGGACCCCUGGCCUCAGCCCCCGUGAGGAGCAGCUGGCGCUGAAGAACGCCCUCCGCUACUUCCCCCCGGACGUCCAGGAGGUGCUGGCCCCCGAGUUCGCCCAGGAGCUGCGGCUCUACGGCCACGUCUACAUGUACCGCUUCUGCCCCGACCUGGAGAUGAGGGCCUACCCGGUGGAGCAAUAUCCCUGCCGGACGAGGGCGGCUGCAGCCAUCAUGCUCAUGAUCAUGAACAACCUGGACCCAGCCGUGGCACAGUUUCCCCAGGAGCUCGUGACCUACGGAGGAAACGGGCAGGUGUUCAGCAACUGGGCGCAGUUCUGGCUGACAAUGUCCUACUUGGCCCAAAUGACGGAGGAGCAGACACUGGCCAUGUACAGCGGACACCCGCUUGGCCUUUUCCCCAGCAGCCCCGAGGCCCCCAGGCUGGUCAUCACCAAUGGGAUGGUCAUUCCCAACUACUCCUCCAGGACAGACUAUGAGAAGCUCUUUGCCAUGGGGGUUACCAUGUACGGCCAGAUGACGGCAGGCAGCUACUGCUACAUCGGCCCCCAGGGCAUCGUCCAUGGCACGGUGCUCACUGUGCUGAACGCGGGGCGGCGCUACCUAGGGCUCCAGGACCUGGCAGGCAAGGUCUUUGUCACCUCCGGGCUGGGCGGCAUGAGUGGGGCUCAGGCCAAAGCUGCCGUCAUCGUGGGGUGCAUCGGUGUGAUCGCAGAGGUGGACGGCGCGGCCCUCAUGAAACGCCACAGGCAAGGCUGGCUGAUGGAAGUGACUGACAGCUUGGACCACUGUAUCGGAAGACUCAGGGAAGCAAGGAAGAGGAAGGAGGUGCUCAGCCUUGGUUACCAUGGCAACGUGGUGGACCUCUGGGAGCGCCUGGUCCAUGAACUGGACACAAGGGGGGAACUCCUGGUGGACCUGGGGUCCGACCAGACGUCCUGCCACAACCCGUUCAACGGUGGCUACUACCCUGUGCAGCUGAGCUUCGCAGAGGCCCAGAGCCUCAUGGCCUCUGACCCCACUGCCUUCAAAGGCCUGGUCCAGGAGAGCCUGCGGAGGCACGUGUCAGCCAUCAACAGGCUGGCCCAGGAGCACUUCUUCUUUUGGGACUAUGGCAACGCCUUCCUCCUGGAGGCCCAGCGAGCCGGGGCCGACGUAGGGAAGCCGGGCGCCAACAGGACAGAGUUCCGCUACCCUUCCUACGUCCAGCACAUCAUGGGGGACAUCUUCUCCCAGGGCUUUGGGCCUUUCCGCUGGGUGUGCACCUCGGGGGACCCCCAGGACCUGGUGGUCACAGAUCGGCUGGCCACGUCUGCGUUGGAGGAGAUUGUUGCUGCCGGAGUGACCCCGGCUGUGAAGCUCCAGUACGUGGACAACAUCCGCUGGAUCCGGGAGGCUGCCAAGCACCAGCUGGUGGUGGGCUCCCAGGCCAGGAUCCUGUACUCGGACCAGAAAGGCCGUGUGGCCAUCGCCCUGGCCUUCAACCAAGCCAUCGCCCGUGGGGAGCUCAAGGCGCCGGUGGUCCUGAGCCGAGACCACCAUGACGUAAGUGGCACCGACAGCCCCUUUCGGGAGACCUCCAACAUUUACGACGGCUCUGCCUUCUGUGCGGACAUGGCUGUGCAGAACUUCGUGGGCGACGCGUUCCGUGGGGCCACUUGGGUCGCCCUGCACAACGGCGGGGGCGUUGGCUGGGGCGAGGUGAUCAACGGGGGCUUUGGCCUCGUGCUGGAUGGGACUGAGGACGCCGAGCGGAAGGCCAGGCGGGUGCUUAGCUGGGACGUUGCCAACGGAGUAGCCCGCCGCUGCUGGUCCGGGAGCCCCACAGCCUACGAGGUCAUCUGCCAGACGAUGCGGGAGGACAGUGGCGUGGUGGUGACGCUGCCGCACGCAGUGGCGGAUGAGCGUGUGCUCCAGGCCCUGCGGCUGUGAGAGGACUGGGCGUCCCGCGGUGCCCUGGCCCCCGGGUCCCGCCCUCACCUCACAUUCCCCGCCCUCUCCACUGCUCGCCGUGCUCCCCUGGGUCCAGAGCUUUGCACACGGGCGCGCGGUGGACGCAUGCACACACAAGCAUGCACGCGCACGCACACACAAGCAUGCACGCGCACGCACACACAAGCAUGCACGCGCACGCACACACAAGCAUGCCCUCUCCGUCU